AGACGCAGUCGACGCCCACAUGUCGUCAUUACGCAAGGGGUUGCGACGUGGAAAACAUGGAGGAAAGGAGUAUGUAGAGUAAACUUAAUUUUCUAAAAUUGCCCUCAGUUUCAAGGCUUUGCGUUUGGAAAUUAAACCUGCGGAACAAAAUUGGACAAAACUAGCCAUUAGUGUGAAAAUCCGUCGCCUUUUUAACGGACCCCGGGAAUCGAGAGAGACACAGAAGCUGCGAGAAGCAUUUAUGACAGGAUUUGGCAUAUGCCUGGUGAAAAAGCAGUGAAGAGUGGUGAGUCUGGCUGAGUGGAGCCAGUAGAGAGAGAUGGGAGCAAACACCAGCCAGGUCAGUGACCUGUCCGACAAUCCCAGUCUCAAGGCCCUGUUGGGCACCGACUCCAUAUCGGAGAAUGAUCCUUUCUGGAACCAGCUCAUCUCCUUCACUUUCAUUAGUCCCACCAGCAGUGGAGACUCCAAGUUACUGGAAGAGGCUGUCAUCCCCCUCGCCAAGAUCUUCAUUGAAAACAAUCCCAGAUCGGGGAACUUUGGCUCUCUCGUUAGAGUUUUCCUCGGAAGAACCAAAGAGCUGAAAAUCUCUACAGAAUGCCAAGAUCAGCUGUUUAUCUGGCAGGCCCACAAUGCAUUGUUCAUGAUUCGCUGCCUGCUCAAGGUGUUCAUCAGGGAGAUGAGCGAAGAAGAGCUGCACUUACAGUUCUCCUACCAGGAGAGGGCGCUAGGCUCCUGUGGAGAAACCGGCAGCGAGGACCUCCUGGAGGAGCUGCUGUCCAACCUGAUCCACCUGAUUGUAGAAGUGCCCCUGCUUGACAUCACCUAUAGCAUCCUAUUUGAAGCAGUGACCACGCUGCUGGUAUUCUUCUCCUAUCAGCUCUUCCACAAAGACAUCCUCCGAGAUGGAUUAAUCUACCGGCACAUCAUGAAGGGGCGAUGUUUGUCUUUGACUAGCCGUAUGGUGAAGACCCUGCUCUAUAACUUCAUCAGGCAGGAGAAAUGUCCACCUCCAGCAACCCACAUCUUUGAGCCCAAAGCUGAAGCAGGCCUGCUUUACGGCCUGGCGUCAGGGGUGGCAAGUGGCCUGUGGAGUGUCUUCACAUUAGGUGGUGCUGGCAGCAAAGUCGGGGUCGACCAGGAGCACAACCCAUUACCUUUGUCCAAUCAGAGCCUUCUGUUACUGCUGGUCCUCGCCAAUCUGACAGACGGGCCUGACUGGCCCAACCCCUACCGACAGGCUAUCACUUGUUUCAGAAACACGCAAGACACGUCGUCACUGUCCGUGGAGCAACCUCACACUUUCCAGAUCAAUUUCAACAGUCUGUACACGGCGCUGUGUGAGCAGCAGCGCUCCGACCAGGCCACGCUUCUACUGUACACCCUCCUCCACCAGAACGCCAACAUGAGGACAUACAUGCUCUCCAGAACAGACAUGGACAAUCUGGUGUUACCCAUCCUCGAGAUCCUUUACCACGUGGAGGACAGAAAUUCUCAUCACGUCUACAUGGCCCUCAUCAUCCUCCUCAUCCUCACGGAGGACGACGCCUUCAACCGCUCCGUCCAUGAGGUGGUAUUAAAGAACGUCACGUGGUACUCGGAGAGAACAUUGACGGAGAUCUCGCUGGGCAGUCUGCUCAUCCUGGUGGUCAUCCGCACCAUCCAGUUCAACAUGACCCGGACGCGGGAUAAGUACCUCCACACCAACUGUCUUGCUGCACUUGCCAACAUGUCGGCCCAGUUUCGUUGUCUCCACCAGUACGCUGCCCAGCGCAUCAUCAGUUUGUUUGCUUUGCUUUCCAAAAAGCACAACAAGGUUUUGGAGCAGGCAACACAGUCUCUGAGAGGCAGACAGGGAGACAACACAGCCUUGCCCGACUACGCCCAGGACCUGAAUGUGAUUGAGGAGGUGAUCCGCAUGAUGCUGGAAAUCAUCAACUCUUGCUUGUGCAGCUCUCUACACCACAACCCAAACCUGGUGUACGCGCUGCUCUACAAGAGGGAGCUCUUCGAGCAGUUCAGGACCCACCCGUCCUUCCAGGACAUCAUGCAGAACCUGGACACGGUAAUCGGCUUCUUCAGUCAGCGUCUGGAGCAGGCUGGAAGUGACCUGUCAGUCGAGAGGGUUCAGGAAGUCAUAAUGAAAGGAGCCCAGGCCCUGCCCACAGACAGACUGAAGAAGUUUCCGGAGCUCAAGUUUAAGUACGUGGAGGAAGACCAGCCGGAGGAUUUCUUCAUCCCUUACGUCUGGUCCCUGGUCUUCAACUCUGGAGUCGGCCUCCACUGGAGCCCGCAUGGCAUCGAGCUGUUCAGCAUGGACUCUGGCUGAAAUACCUGCUGCCGCAGACUUGUGUGUGUGUGUGUGUGUGUCUUCAUCCCCGUUCAGUAGAGGAAACAAAAGCAAAGAAAGGACUGAUGGCGUGUGUGUGUGUGUGUGUGUGUGUGUGUGUGUGUUUGGGUGUGUGUGUGCGCAUUUCCCUUUAUAGUAUGUGCACGCUGCUUUGAAAGUGCCUCGACCUUGUACAGACUGGUGUUUCUUUUUAUGCACAACCUCUUUUUCUCUUCUUAUAUCAUAAAAUAUCCUCUGCUUCAACACUGUGACGCUUCAUCUGUGCCGGUACACAUUUCCCUCGGUAGCGUCCACUCGGUCCCGUAGGGAUUACCCAUUUAACCCCUGAGCAGCUUCACCUGGUUCCACAGCACAUGCCGAGGUGCACGUCUUCUGUAAAGUGUUCUGUUAUUGUGGAGGAGCUCAGGACACCGGCGAUGGAUAAUCCUGUUAGUUUUUCUUUCUUGCUUACAAAGAAAAGGUCAAUUAAAACACUUGUACCUUAGUGUUGUUACACUGCUCUGGUUAGUUUACUGCUGCACUGAAUGCUAAGAAAUAGUAUCAACUUCAUAUUCAGGACGUACAACAUACAUUAAGGAAAAACUUGUAUGAUAUUGAGUUUUAAGUAUCUCAUAAAGUGGUGUUUUAUUUUGACCAAAUAUUGUUCUCUGGAUACAAUUGGUUUGUAUAAAAUAUUUGGGUUUGUGAAAUUUUAAAAAGAGUAUGUGAUCACCUUUAGAAAGUCCUCUGAUUUUUUUGUAACGUGCAUGGAUUUCUUAUUUCAGAACAAUAAGUGUGGCUUGAUGGCCACCUCCAAUAACACACGUUGAAUUACACAAUAAUUAAAGCUUAAGUUCAGUCCCUAGAUAUUAUUAGUUGACCACGUUGCGUUUGUUAAUGCGAUUUAAUUCUACUUCCAUCUCCUGGUUCGUUUGUUGUCGUUUCCUUUUUUCUCCUGAUGCUAACGUAGGGCAAGUCAUCCAACCUCUUGUCCUCUUGAGCAUAAUAACAGUUGAUUUGACUCUUUAUUUGCAUGUUUAAGUAGAGACUUUGUAUUAAAUUAUUUAUUUUCAUGUAUAUUGUUUGGGUUUUUUUUGUUUGUUUUUUACAUAUUCAGCUCUCCCAAAAUGUAUAUGGUAGUAGUACUAAAAAUGUUACUACGAUGAAUGAAAAACGGUGGUAGUAAACUUUGAUUCUUCCCAGGUCGAAAACUGGCUUUAUAUUAUUACAUAUAAUAUGACUGUAGCUGUCAUUUUGGCGCAAAUAUUACUUUGGAAAUAGGAGUUUAAAUAAAAAUAUGAAAUCAAAACAA